UUUAUCAAAGGAAACCGCAAUGACGUAGAGUUCCCCCGCUGUUUUGAUAAUGCCUGACUGCUCCACAGCCUUAUCUGGCAUUCACUCCGGUCUGUGCGCAGGUCCCGCGCGCGAGUCUAUUAACUAACAGCAGAGCGCGGCGCGAGCGCUGGAGAUUCCUCCGCUGCACUGACGGAUUGGAUGUGAUGACAGGGGAACGACACGCGCCACAGCGCUCUGGCUUCUUGGCACGCAGGAUAAUACAGGCUAUUUAGUGCUCUUUUGUUUCGUGGAGGAGUGUCAGAAGCCCAGUGCCUUCUGAAAAUGUUGGGUAAUUUCCAAUCAUCUGCCAUGUUUGAGGGGUCUGAGUCCGCGGACACACAGGAAGUCAAAUCUGAGAGCACCCUUGGGUCCUCUGUCUCUGCCUGCAGGAAGGUUCUGUGCAGUAACAGUGUUCUGGAUUCGUCGGAGUACUGGCUGAAGAACGAUAAGGCGCUCUGCAGAAUUGGGUUCCUGGAGGACCAGCAUGACAGCGGCUGCCCUACAAUUUGCUUUGUAAACCUGGACAGACAUACUCCUGAACAGCAUGACGACAGCUACGUUAAGAAACUAGCCUCAGUGUGCCCAGAGCUGCCACAGUUAAUUGAGUCUCUCGGAGUGCGGCAACCCAAAGAAAAUGAAAUUCUGCUUCUCAGCAGCCUAGAGUCACCGGACUCCUGCCAUCAUGACCCCAGCCACCCACAGAGCCAGAGAACAGUGGACGUCUGUCUGGUGCAUUGUUCCUGUGGCCGCCGCCCAACCCAAACCAACAGUGUCAUUUUUGAGAUCAACAAAUUCCUGAUUGGACUACAGUCAGGGCAAGAGAGGCAGAGGCAUGGCCGAUUGGCUGGUCAGCGGGCUGCUGAAGAUGACACCAACCGAUCUGUGUCAUCCAUAGAAGAAGACUUCCUCACUGCCUCUGAACAGCUUGGGGAAGACAGCGAGGAUGACCCAUUCAGAAAUGAUCCUGAGAUUUCUAUCAUGCCCGAGUCGCUUAAGGUGUUAAGAGCAGCCCACGCUCGAAGAAGAAGUGAAAUAGAGAGAGAGGAUAGUGAGGACUCUGAGACCCUCUGCAACUCUUCCAACUCUCAAAGGCUUUCGAGAACAUAUUCUGCCUCCUCAAGAGGCCUACCUGCUACCCCAAAAAAAGUAAAUCAUCACACCAGUGAGUCAGCCGGUCACUAUGCCACCAAUCUGGCUGAGUCAGUCCUGCAGGAUGCUUUUAUUCAUUUGUCACAAGACGAACCUUCUUUUGUCACAGAGGCAGCGGUGAGUGUGUCCACCACCUCACAGCACUCAAGUGAAGUAAGCCACUCCAGUGAAGAGCCACUGAGGGCUCGAGCCUGCUCUUUUGAACUUCCUAAAAUCGUGAUUGUCCAGAGUCCUGACAACAGUGAGGAGCUAACAGAGUGGCCAGAAACUCAGUUACAUGGAACAUCAGAGCAUGAUAGAGUAAACAAUGCCAAAAUGAAGCAUGGAAGUCACCCCAAGCACAACUCAGCAAUUGGACAUGCCACAAAGCCAGUAGAAAUAGCUUUGGCAUGUGCUGCGAGUGUCAUUGGUACCAUUACCACCCCUCAGGUCACAGAACAACUCACACUGGAGUCAGGAGAAGAUGAUGAAUGUGAGAAUGAAGAAGAAGAGAGUGAGACCGAAAAAGGAGAGUAUUUGUUUUCCUCUGCAGUGUGUGGAAUGUCUCAGGUUGUUGGUGCCAUAGCCGCAGUAGAUCUUGCAGAUGACUCUGGGGAUAAUGACGACUCGACAGACAUGUACUCUGCCUCUAUGGGACUUCUGUCAGUUGCCCAAGCUUCAACUGCAGUUCCUCUCCACUGUAGUAUUGCAGAGGGUACCAGUGUUGAGGCCUUCAGAGCCAAUGUUGCUAAAGGUCUCCUCAGGGAAGCUUCAGCUGUACUCACCCACAGACAAAGUUACUCAAGUGUUGCAAACUUCCUUGAGACCACACAUAACAAAAUAGUGGAUGGCAUCACAAAUUCAAGAAGGCUCUAUCAGGAGCAACAGGAUCUUGAUCAUUUUACCCAGGACAUAUCAGAUAAUAUCUUUCAGUAUGUUCUUGAGAAGGCUGAGAAGAGAAAAGAGCUUGAGGGUCCAGGAAAAGAUGCCCCAAACAUUGAAGGUUUCCUCUUGGAUUGUGUGGAUAAUUUGCUCUUUGAUGUCUUAUGUGUAACAUCAAUGAAAAUCAAUGACAUUUCAAAAUAUAGCCAGGCUUAUAAUCAUGGGGAAAGGCAAAGCAGUGUGGAGACUUUGUCUGCACUCAUAGGGAAGAGAGAGAGAGAGCAGAAGUAUGUACAGGAUGAGAGAGAAAAUGAGCUAAAACAGAAAGAACCUUACAGACUUACUCUGAACAGAGUGACUGCACCUCUGGUCAAAGAGCAAUUUGACCUGCAAGGGCAGCUGGGCAAGACUGACAAGAACACAGACUCUGUGCUCCCUUCAGCUGAAAGCUCACCACUUCACAUUACACGAGGGAGGGCAGGAGGAGAGAGUGAGACCAGGCAGCAGUCUUUAUCAUCCUCUUCAGGAGCACUUGUGUCACUUAAAAUGGAUUCACGUGAGUCCAAAACUCCUGUCACAUGCUUCGCUGAAGACUUGGCGGCCACAGUGGUCUCCAUGGCUACAGAGCUGGCAGCAAUAUGCCUGGAGAACUCGAGUGGAAAGCAGCCAUGGUUCUGCGCUUUAAAGGGUGGAUUGGAAGGCCAUGAGGGACUGCUUUUGCCCUGCCGCACAGCUGCAGCCCUCCGCCGGAAAGAGGCACAAAAUGGCACCGCAGUCACCAAGAAACACAGACCUCCACGUCUCAGUGAAAUCAAACGUAAAACCGAAGAACAGCCUGAACUCAUGGAGCGCCUGGUCAACCGCGUCGUGGACGAAACAGUCAAUCUAGACGAACCUACCACCUCUGAUCCAUUUGCACUCUUUGCAUCAGAGGUAACAGCCAGGAUAAUGAACUGUCCAGAACUGAGUGUGGUUGACACUUCCAAAUCUGGACAGUCAUCUCGCAGCCGCCUACAGUGUGAAAGGUGGAGCAGCAGGGGCAAAGCAUCAAGCUAUGAGAGCAUUCCAGAGGAGGAUGCAGAUCCCUCUCGAACUUCAAAAACUUUGGGACCAGGAAACCGCCUUGGGAAUAAUUUAAGCAGAGGUAGCUCUAUCUCCAAGCAGUCCAGUUGUGAGAGCAUUACGGAUGAGUUCUCUCAGUUUAUGUUUAACCAGAUGGAGACAGAAGGUCGAGAGUUUGACCUUCUACUGGACUACUAUGCUGGGAAAAAUGCCAGCAACAUCCUUGCAGCAGCUGUUCAGCAAGCUGCCAGUAAAAAAAAUGGACACCUCAAUGUGCGCACAUCAUCUUGUCUCUCUAAGCAGUCCAGCACUGAGAGUAUCACUGAGGAGUUUUAUCGCUUCAUGCUGAGAGACAUGGACAAAGAGAACAUGGACUACAGUCUGACCAAGACCAAAGAGUGGAGUAAUAGCCUAUUACCCCCGUCUCCCAGAACCCCAUUUUGUUUCCGUCAGUCUUCUGUUCCUGACAGGAGAUCCUCAGAUUCCAGACUAAGUGUAAAUUCACCCAUCAAGGCCAAUUCAUUUGAUGGUUUUGCACGAAAUGUACACAGGGACUCGCUCAACAUCUAUCCAACCAACUCUGUGUCAUCAACGGGACUCUGCAAGUCAGAUUCAUGCUUGUAUAAGCGUGGCCAAACUGACCAAAUCACAGACAUGCUAAUUCAUGAAACCUGGGCCAGCUCUAUCGAGUCUCUAAUGCGCAAGAAUAAGAUCAUUGCGGAGCCCUCAGAGGACAGUAUUGAGCUCGAUUCAGCAGACCCACAACCACAUGUUCAGCUCUUUGCUAACCGUCUAGCGGCAGACAUCGUAGAGAGUGGCAAAUCCCUGCUUGGAGGCCAGAAGGAUGCCGUUGUGGCUGCUUGUAAGCCACAGGUUCCAGUUGGAGAAAGGAGACAUGGCUUUAAACAUUCUCGUCGUGAAAAUAGUGGAAACCGGCCAAGUAUAGAGCAUCAAGAAAAUAGUGGUAGCUCUCACAGUUCGUCCUGUGUGAGGCAAGCAUGGCAUGGACAGAGGGAGGUACCCUUGAUCCACAUUGAACCAGAUCAAAGAGAAGAGGCCUCAGAAGACAGGGGGAGGAUUGAGCUCCACCACACAGAAGCACCCCAUCAGAUCCAGCCACAAAGUGGCAAAGAGAAUGAAACAGCAAACAAAAACAGAAAUGGGAACAGCAGUGCUUCUAGUCUGGGAUUGGCAGACCUGGAGGGCUUUCUAGACUACUCCAUCUCCAGCAACCUAAUCAGCGAGGACAGAGAGAGGAAGGCGUCACACUGUCAGGAUCAGACGGACGAAGUGACGUCGGGUCUGUCCACAGCGGGCAGCAGCUGUCAGCGCGAGCUCCUGGUGCUGAACUUUGACGUGGAUUCGGAGUGUGUGGAUGGAGAGCUGAGAGCGGCGCUGCAGUGGAUCGCUGCGUCUGAGCUCGGCGUGCCGGCGCUCUACUUCAGAAAGACUCAGGAGCACAAUCUCGCUAAGCUCCACAGAGUGGUGCAGUUGGCAGGUCAGAAGGCUUGGCGUGUCGGUGACUUGUUCAGCGCUGUGGCUCAGUUCUGUCAGCUCCACCAGGACCUGGAGCACAGAGGACGACCCGUGCCCAGUCUGUUCGACUGGAUACUGAAGACCAAGCGCUAGAGCGCCACCCAUCGAUGGACCAGGAGCUGGAGAUGCCACAUAUCUGUCCUGAGCUAGCACACGUAUAUAGUCUGUGAAAACACCAAACACCAAUCCCAUUUGAGCUGCAAAUAGACCCUCACAUAACCAACCAGUUUAUUGACUAUUAGAUCCCACAGACUCAUCCACAGCCACCGCCAUGACUGUACAUCAGCACGUUUUUCUAGAGCUCAGCUGUGAAACGCUUGUUUAUCACAGGAUAGCAAGGUUUACAAGACACCCGCACGCAUUAACGGCUCCUGAUCCCAAGAUCCUUAGCAUGUGGCUUCCUUAGUUCCCAACUUGCCCUCUCUGACCACCAGCACAUCCACAUUUGGUAUCCUUAAAAUUCACAGCUGAGCUUUCAUAAAACUUUAUUCCUAUACCUCCAUCUCUGUCACACGUGUAUAUGUCUUUGCUAGUUCACAGGAAUUAUGGGAUUUAUUGUAGGAAGAAAUGCCUUGUCCAUAACUUUGUGCUAGAGAUGCACAUUCGCAUAGAUAGUGAUUUAAGGAAAUUUCCCUUUAAAUUACGCAUGUUCCUGUCUUUACGCGCACGCAACGUUAGAUCCACCGGUCACCAGCUAGCGCUGGUUAGAGGAACAUGCUUUAAACCGACCAAACAGCCUUGACGUUUUUUAGCUUGCGGAUUUUUACUGUACAACAAACCCGUUUCGAAUGCGCAACAUGACUUUUUAUCAAGAAUAGUGGACAUGCGAGCUCUGGUGUAGGGAUUUAAAGAUAUGUAAAUGUUUGUAUCUAAAGUCAAAUAUAGUGAGAUCCCAUUCCAAACACAGUUUGUUGUUUUAAGUCUACACUGGCGAACACGUUCGGUCAUUUUAUUGUACCUCUGAGACUGAAUUCUAUGUUUAGUUUUGUGUGACUACUGUUAUUUAAGAGAGUUUAUUUUGGCUAGAUGUAAAUAGUUUAGACUGUGAGCUACUGUACCUUUCGGCUGCAAAUGGAAAUUUCAGUUUUUGUGUUUUAUGAUCGCAAAGACAUGCACACAGACAGGAUCACAGAACUAAAAGUCUCACCAGACUACUGUAAAAGUUCCAAUAUAAGAGUAUAGAGUAUGUAAAGUACAAGUACAGUUUUGUCACGUAAAAGUUGACGUGUAAAUGUGAAAUCUGGUGGCGUUAUGGUUUUCUCCACAUAGUAACAUAAUAGUAAUGUGUUUUAAUAUCAGCGUUGAAGGCACACAACUGUAUCCAGUCUGUCUCGGUAUACCUGAAUGUAUUUAUCUUUUCAAAAUAAAAUUUGCGCACGGUGA